AUGCCACCAGCCCACAAAAACCAGGCGUUCCGUCCCGAAAACAUUUUGAAACGUGCCGAGGACCUCAUCGGUGUCGACGAAUCCGAGGCUGCCCUCGAGACUUUGUACGAAUUCAUCACCUCCAGAAGAAUCAGAUACUUGCAAGUUGAAGACUUGGAGCCUAUUGGAUUGUUGCUCAUCGAGUUGGCAGUUGACUUGAGAAAGGGAAAAUUGGCCAAGGAUGCCUUGCACCAGUACAAGAAGAACGUCCAGUUGUCCGAGAAUGGCUUGGAGUCCGUUCAGGUGAUUGUGAGAAAGUUCAUUGAGUUGGCUGAGAAGAAGUUGGACGAAGCUCAGGCCAAGGCCGAGAUCAAGAUUGACCAGGAUGAAGAGGAUGACUUGGAAGGCGCUCAGACCCCAGAAUCUAUUUUGUUGUCCGCUGUUUCAAACACCGAUUCGGCUGACAGAACCGAGAGAGAGUUGGUUACUCCAUGGUUGAGAUUCUUGUGGGAAGCUUUCAGAGCUACCUUGGAUAUCUUGCGUAACAACUCCAAAUUGGAGGUGACUUACUCUGCCAUUGUCAGUCAGGCCUUCCAGUUCUGUUUGAAGUUCAACAGAAAGGCCGAGUUUAGAAGAUUGUGUGAGCUUUUGAGAGCUCACAUGCAAUCGGUCACUACCCAGGUCCAGACCAAGACCCCAGGCUCUAACCUCAAUGCUGUGGACUUGUCUGACUCCGAAACCGUGCAGCGUUACUUGGAGCAGCGUUUCAGCCAGUUGAAUAUUUCCGUCAAGUUGGAGUUGUGGCAGGAAUCCUUCCGUUCUGUUGACGACGUGCAUGCUUUGAUUACCGCAUCCAAGAAGACUCCAAAGCCUGUGAUGAUGGCCAACUACUACGAGAACUUGGCCAGAAUCUUUGCUGUGUCUGAUAACACCUUGUUCCAUGCUGCUGCUUGGAACAAAUUCUUCAACUUAUUCUCGCAGUCUCCAAAUGCCACCGAUGCUGAAUUGGGUCACUACGCCUCUGUGCUUGUGUUGUCUACAUUGGCAAUUCCAACCAAGUCCUUGAACGUCAACGAGACCAUCGUCGAUGACCAAAAGGCCAAGAACGCCAAGUUGACCUCAUUGUUGAACUUGAACCAGGUUCCUACUAGAGAGAGUUUGAUCUCAUCUAUUGUCAGCAGAUCCAUCUUGAAGUUUGUUGACCCUGCUGUCAAGCAAUUGUUCGAGAUCAUGAGCGACUCCGAGUUCCACCCAUUGGUUGCAAAGGAGAAGGUUGCCGAUGUGUUCAAGGUGAUCAAGGACGACAAGGCUUACAACAAGUACAUUCCAAUUUUGACCGAGGUUGUGUUGAUCAGAUCUUUCCAGCAGGUUUCUCAGAUCUACGAGGCUGUCAAGUUGGAUUUCUUGGUGUCUUUGGGUAUUAUCGAGGGUACUGAGUACACGUUGACUCCAUUGGAGGUUGAGGACUUGAUUGUAAACGCUGUCAAGAAGGGCCAUUUGUCAUUGACUAUCGACCACGAGUCUCAAGUUGUCACCUUCAAGUCUAACCCAUUCGAGGAUUCCUUCACUGACUCGUUAUCUUCUAAGUUGCAAGCCUCUCCAGCCGAGUUGGUGAGAACUCAAUUGUCCAAAUUGGCUCAAGUUUUGGCCAGCUCGUACCAGGUUAUUGACCCACAUGCCGAGAGCAGAUUCCAGCAGAGACGCGAAGCCGCUUUGCAGAACGCUAUGGCCAACUUUGUUGCUGAACAACAAGAAAUCGCCGACAGGGUGCAAAUCUUGGAGGAGCGUAAGAAGGUCGCCGAGAAGCUCAAGCGUGAGCAGGAUGAGGCUGCCGCUAAGGCUAGACAAGAGAAGUUGAUUGCUGAGCAGAUGGCUGAGCAGGAGAGAUUGGCUCAAGAGCAGGAGAGAAAGAACUUGGAGAGAUUGGAGAGAGAGAAGAAGGCCAUCAUCGAGAAGGACAAGAGAAAAAUUGCCGAGGAGAUCAACGCCAAGGGAAUCAUCAAGAUCGAUUUGAACAACUUGGAAGACUUGGACACUGACAAGUUGCGUGCUAUGCAGAUCCAACAGUUGAACAAGGAUAGAAAGGACUUGGACGAGAAGUUGAAGGUUGUUUUUAAGAGAGCUGACCACGCGGAGAGAGCCAGCAGAAAAUACGAAUUGACUCUUUUGGCUGCAGAUGCCGAGGCACAAAAGGAAAGAGACAUCAAGGCUCACGAGGAGCACACAAAAUCCAAGAUUGAGAAGGCCAAGAAGGAGUUUGAGGCUGCUACUAGCUUGAAGGAGCGUUUGAGCCGUGUGUUCCCAGACUACGAGGAGUACAGAAAGAAGAUCGACGAACAGAAUGCCUCCAAGAUUGCCGAGAAGAAGGCUAGAGCCAAGCAAGCAUUCGAGGCAGCCAAGAAGGAGCGUAUCGAGCAAGUCAAGAGAGAGAGAAUCGAGCAGUUGCAACUCCAGAAGGAGAAGGAGAGAAUCAUGGAGCAGGAGGCUGCUAAGAAGAGAGCCAGAGAGGCUGAGAUGGAGAAGUUUAAAGAGGAGAUGAGAAUCCAGAAGGAGAAGGAUGCAGAGAUCGCCAGAAAGAGAGCUGAGAUGGAGAAGGAGUUCGCUGCCAAGAGAGGCAACGGCGGAGCUUCUCCUGCUGCUCCUCCUUCCAGAUCCUCUCCAUUUGGCUCUGCUGCUCCAGUAGCAUCUCCAUUUGGUUCGGCUGCUCCAGUGUCUACUCCAAAUGCUCCAGCCCAGGCUCCAGCCCAGGCUCCACCUUCAGACAAGCCAUUGACCUUUGCCGAGAAGAUGAGAUUGAAGAGACAAGGUCUCCUCAAGGAGUAA